UUUUUUUGAUGAAAGUUCCUAUUAUGCUCUCUUGUCUAUUCUCUCAACUUAUUUAUUUUAUUUAGAACUACUUUAUUAAGUUUAUUUUGCAUUUACUAAUUUGACAAAUUAAAAAGAUUCCAUCGUGAUAAUUCUAGAUCUACCAUCUAGAUCUACAAGAUCAGCUAUCCAAGCUGAAAAUGCUGGGCCACUGCAGACUGUUGACUUCAACUCUCAGAAGUGUGUCUUGUUUUGCCUAUCAGGGACAACAUAGAAAAAUGUAUUCUUCUCAAAACUUGACUUACAGUGUCUGGUCAAAAAAGAUUAAAUCAUUAAAAGAAACUCCAAGAAAAAGAUUCAACACAGACUCUACUCUGAUGAUGGCACCUCAAGUUUCAAGCACAUCACAGCGUGGGGAGCUUAGCACUGAACCAGAGGAGUGGAGGCAGCCAUUUCAUUUACCUGAGCCAGAGUUGGACUGGGAUUUUCUGCUCAAUCCAGAGAAUGCAGACAUGAUAUACAAAAAUAUAUCAAACAGGAAAGGAAUAGGAGACAUUUAUAAAGUGUUGAAUUUAUCCAAAGAACUGAAGAAAGAGCAAGAUGAGUCCAAGAAAGAAAGCCUGAGACAGCAGCUAGUCUCUGAAGCUCUGGACAUACCAAAUUUCAGUCAUCCGGAUACUGUGAUUGGUGAUGAAACUCAAGCCAAAGUAGUGGAAAUUGUUGGGAAGAUGAAAGAAUUAAAAUUUCCACCAAGAAAUGUUAGUGAGCUUGCUGGAAGAGGUCUGCGCAUGUUACGAGAUGAGAAUUUGACUUUUUCAACCGGAGCAAAAACAUAUUACUUGGAGGACAAACUGGCCAAAUUGGAGAGAGCUUUGGUGGCUUACACAAUUGACAGACUCUUAGAAAAGGGCUUUGAACUUGUCUCUGUUCCUGACCUUCUAUUCCCAGGUGUCAUAAACAGCUGUGGUUUUAAGACCAACUCUGGGAGAAGUCAAGUCUACCAACUGCAUGAGAAAUGUUUACAAGGAGCCUGUCUUGCGGGUACAGCCGAGAUGUCUUUGGCAGGAUAUUUUAUGAAUGAGACUCUAGCAAUGAAUGAGCUGCCUAAAAGGAUGAUGGCUGUCAGUCGCUGCUACAGAGCUGAGGCUGCAGAGAGAGCCAUAGAGAAAGGCUUAUAUAGAGUCCAUCAUUUUACUAAGGUUGAAAUGUUUGGAUUGACUGCAGAUGAAGAUGGUAAAGAGAGUGAGCAAUUACUUCAAGAGAUUUUGUCUAUUGAGAAGGAGCUGUUCUCUGAUCUGGGGCUCUAUUUUAGAAUCCUGGACAUGCCAACACAAGAACUCGGUGCCCCAGCACACAGGAAGUAUGACAUUGAGACUUGGAUGUAUGGGAAGAAAAUGUGGGGAGAGAUCUCUAGUUGCUCCAACUGUACUGACUAUCAGGCCAGGAGACUUAACAUCAAAUACAUGAGUCCGUCUACUGGUCAUCUCAAACAUGUCCACACAGUGAAUGGAACAGCAUGCGCUGUGCCAAGAAUGAUUACUUCCAUUCUAGAACAGAACCAAGAAAAGGGCAGAAAACUUCCUCUGCCUCAAGUAUUAUGGCCUUAUAUGGAUGGAGAAAAAGAAUUCUAUGCGGACAUGAAAAAGUCUUGGUUUACAUUUAUCAAAAGUUUGCGGCAAGAUGCUUGAAAAAUCUUCAGACUUUGCGUGCCGUCUUCUGUCAAUGUUCUGUUUUAAUUUUUUAACAAUAAACAUACUGUAAUGGUGAUAUCCUUAAAAA